AUGCCUGGUGUCAGAGAAGCUGCGGUCGUGGGUUUUACUCUCGCAGUAACCGGAGGAGUUGGGUAUGUCAUCUGGACUUAUGUGUCUUCGGGGGUAAAGGCGAAGCAAAAACCAAAGCAAGAACCAGAGAAAAUAGAAAAGGAGACUAGAAAAACUGCACAAAAAGUACCAGAACGCGCAAACCAAACACCAACAGUCGUAGUAACAGAGGUAGGCUACUUUUUGUUCAUCUUGUGCUUGUAAAAUGUUUAUUUUGAUACCUCAGGGAUUUUGAGGCACGCCUACUUGACGGAUGUUUGUGGUUGCUAUUGGAAAUAACCUCACCGCAAAGUGUCUCGAUUUUGGAAAAGUCUAAAUGGGAUUUCUUGGGACGUCCCAAUUCUGAGUUACCCAAUUGAAGUUCAAACGUAAAACGUUAAGGGUUAUGUUAAGGGUAGGAUUUAAGAUUAGUGUUUAGGGAACGAAUUGCAAAAAUCUCUGAAGCUGGAGACUCUUAUCUCCCUCACUAACUUUAAGCAUCAGUUGUCAGAGCACCUUACCGAUCACUGCACCUGUACACAGCCCAUCUGAAAUUAGCCCACCCAACUACCUCAUCCCUAUAUUGUUAUUUAUUUUGCUCUUUUGCACCCCAGUAUCUCUAUUUGCACAUAAUCUCUUGCACAUCUAGCAUUCCAGUGUUAAUACUAAUUGUAAUUAUUUUGCACUAUAGCCUAUUUAUUGCCUUACCUCCAUAACUUGCUACAUUUGCACACACUGUAUAUAUAUUUUCUGUUGUAUUUUUGACUUUUUUACCCCAUAUGUAACUCUGUGUUGUUGUUUUUAUCGCACUGCUUUGCUUUAUCUUGGCCAGGUCGCAGUUGUAAAUGAGAACCUGUUCUCAACUGGCUUACCUGGUUAAAUAAAGGUUAAAUAAAAAUAAAUAAAAAAUAAAGGGUAGGGAUUUCCCAUUGAUACCGAAUUGCACUAACCCAAGAUUUGAAAGAACUUCAACAUUUCUAUUGUGAAACUACAUGUCGUAAUGUUAAUAAAUAUGUAAUAAGUAGGGUCCUCACUCAGUUUAUUUUCUGUGACAGAUUAGUCACUGGAGUGGCUGAAACGACUAUUGUUGCUUGGUCAGCUUGACGUUAUAAUAAUGUUGCCGGACUGAAUCAUCAUUCAGUGGUAGCCUGGCCCUAUAGUAUUUUCUUAGGCAGUGAGUCAGCCUGUAGUGACCACAUGAUGUGAUAAUGUGACAGUUCAGUUCAGCCCCCUUCAGUCUCAUUGACUUCUGUAGGCCUAUGCUAUAAAAGUCUGAAGUAAAGAUAAAGCAAUAAACGUGAUUGUUUUAGGGCUAAAUCAUUGCACUAUUCACCAUCAAAUCAAAUUGUAUUGGUCACAUGGGCCGAAUACAACCGGUGUAGACUACAGUAAAAUGCUUACUUACGACAUUCCCAACAGUGCAGAGUUAAAACGUUACACAAUAUAAACAAGAAUGAGUCUAUAUACUAGGUGUACCCGUACCGAGUCAAUGUGCAAGGGUACGAGGUAAUUGAGGUAAUGCAGUAUGUGUAGGUAGGGGUAAAAGUGACUAGGCAAUCAGGAUAUUUAAUAAACAGAGCAGCAGCGUGUAUCAACACGUGUGAGCGUAUAUAUUUGUUGGAGUGUCAGUGUAGUAUGUGAGUAUGUGGGUAGACAGUUGCAAGCACCUGUUAAGAUUCUAGAAUGUCCCAGUAUCAUGGUUUUAAUUAACAUUAACUAAUUAUUCUGGAUCAGCACUUGCAGAUAAUUCUUCCACAUGAGUAACAUGUUUGCCUUUAUAUACUCCAUCUUUGCUUGUGGGUUAGCAUCCAUAGAGAUGUAUAGAUGAUUCUAGUACCCAAAAGCCUGUUUUAGCAUGGGCAUCGCCAUUGAGGACUUUCACCAUUUUCAAGUAGUUAACUUGGUGGGACUUCCUAUAGGUUAAGGAAGGAAUAAAUAAAUAAUACUUGUGAGCAAACAUUCCAUAACUGCAGGUGGCAGUAAAUCGCCAACCUUGGCUUUAUAUCUGUUCAAACAACACAUUUUAGGUGGCAGUAUACAAACUUUCAGUUUGUUUACCAACUCAUAGAAGUAGUAGCAGAAGAACAUUGACUACUUCAAAAUGGAGAUGCCCUCAAUGGCACUUCCCGUGCGCUCACUGACACCAUAAUGGGAGAGAUACAACGUUGCGAUCUCUAUACAUUUUAGUCAUUUAGCAGACGCUCUUAUCCAGAGCAACUUACAGAAGCAAUUAGGGUUAAGUGCCUUGCUCAAGGGCACAUCGACAGAUUCUUCACCUAGUCGGCUCGGGGAUUAGAACCAGCAACCUUUCAGUUACUGGCACAACGCUCUUAACCACUAAGCUACCUGCCGCCCCAAUACAUCUCGAUGGUUGCAUCUGAUGUCUCUAUGUUAUUAUGUGUCAUCCUAGGUGAAGCCCACAGGAAAGCAAGUCCUGGUGCUCGGCCUUGAAGGUGCAGGGAAGACCAGCCUGCUGCACUGCUUUGCCACGGGGAGUCUGGAGCAGGAUGUGACCCCAACACAGGGCUUUAACGCUGUGUCCAUUAAUAGGGAGGACCUGCAGAUCGAGUUCCUAGAAAGUGAAUACAACCUGCACAUAACAAUGAUGAGAGUACAGUAACUGCUAAUUCUCUGGAUGACCAUGAUAAGAAGAAAUGGGUCUCAUUUAGUGGAGACCUUAAUUCAAGCUGUUAAAUAUGAAAAAUGACAAAAAUGAGUUGAUCACUCAAUAUGCAUUCAUAGUAUUUUCUUGUGUUUCACAAAUGUACAAAAAUGACUUCUCUGAUACCUUGUGGUGAAGAAAUGAAAUAAAAAAACAUGGCAUAUUUUGCAGUUGGUGGCACACAGAACCUGCAGCCCUAUUGGAAGAGGUACAUGUGCAAGGCUAUGGUGCUGGUGUUUGUGGUGGACUCCUCAGACGCCGCCCAGUUCCCUUUGGCUAAGAAGUAUCUCCACGAGCUGCUGGAAACCGACCUUUACCUUCCCUUAGUGGUACUAGCCAACAAGCAGGUGAGACUGGCACACUGACAUAAGACUCCAAUCUCAAUUGUCUUUCCUUGAAUCCUCACGUCCUCUCUCCUCACCUCCUUCUCAAAACGCAUUGAAAACGCAAAGGGGCAUGACCCUAGAUCUUCUCCUCCAAUGCAUUUUAAGAACGAGAUGAGGAGAAAGGACAUGAGGAAUCGAGGAAAGACAAUUGAGAAAGAGCGAAGGGUUGCAUCUCAAUAGUCAUGUGGGCGUUUCCUUUCCUCAUCGCCUCUUUUUUUUAAAUCCUUGUGAGAUACUGCACCUGCUCGAGUGUCUUACCUUGGUUUUGAUCCGGUUAUUCCCCCAUCUCCAGGAUAACCAGGGGGCCUGCAGUAUCACAACGCUCCAUGAAGCCCUGUCCCUGGAGGAGGUGGGGGACCAGCGCAAGCUCUUCCUCAUCGGCACCCAUGUAAGGAAGGGGGACACGGAG